UUGACUACGAAACGGUUGCCGUGGAUGGCGAACACUGCGACCAUUCCGAAAACUGAUCCUCCGCCAAAUGGAGCACUUGCGCGAGAUCUGCAAGUUCCUCAAAACCCUAGUCGACUUCCUCCUCUGCCGUCGCGACCGCCUUCCGAAGCGCGACCCCAAGCCAUGGGAUCCUCCCUUCGACCCGUCGCAGCCCUCUCCCCCGAUCUCCUAUCCCAUCACCAGCCUCGAAGCCCUCGCCUCCCGCUCCUACCUCCGCUCUUAUCAUUUCCCCUUCAACCGCGCCUCCGUCCCGCUCCCGUCCUCCGCCGCCUUUCUUCCCCCCCGCCGUAGGAUCCUCGUUUGCCACGACAUGAAGGGCGGGUACGUCGACGACCUGCGAGUGCAGGGGAGCGGCAACCCCGGAGCAUACGCGAUUUGGCAUUGGUACCUCAUGGAUGUCUUCGUCUACUUCUCGCAUGACCUGGUCACGCUGCCGCCGCCGUGCUGGACCAACGCCGCCCACACCCAUGGCGUCAAGGUCUUAGGAACUUUCUUGGUUGAAUGGGAUGAAGGUAGAGUAAUUUGUGAUACCUUGCUUUCGUCAAAGGAGUCUUCCCAAAUGUAUGCUGAACGACUUACAGAACUAGCUAGUGCUUUGGGAUUUGAUGGUUGGCUGGUCAAUAUAGAAGUCAAUCUGGACAAGAAGCAAGUUAAUAACUUGAAGGAGUUUGUCCAUCAUCUAUCGUGUACUAUGCAUUCUUCAGUUCCCGGGUCUUUAGUCAUAUGGUAUGACGCUGUAACUAUUGAUGGUAAACUUGCCUGGCAAAACAAACUGAAUGAUGCCAACAAGCCAUUUUUUGAUUUAUGCGAUGGUAUUUUUGUCAACUAUACUUGGCAGGAAGGUUACCCCAAAGUUUCAGCUGUCAAUGCAGGCAACAGAAGGUUGGAUGUUUACAUGGGCAUUGAUGUUUUUGGCAGAAACACCUUUGGUGGUGGAGAGUGGAAUUCAAACGUAGCCCUUGAUGCUCUAAAGAAGGAUGAUGUUUCAGCUGCAAUAUUUGCUCCCGCAUGGGUAUAUGAAACUAAUCAAAAACCUGACUUUCAAACUGCACAUAAUUGCUGGUGGGGCCUUGUUGAGCAGUCAUGGGGGAUCCUUCAGCACUACCCAAAAGAGUUGCCCUUCUUUUCGGACUUUGAUCAGGGUCAUGGCUAUCAUUUCUCCAUUGAAGGUUUUCAGGUAGCUAAAGAUCCAUGGAAUAACAUAUCUUCACAAGGCUUUCAGCCUAUUCUUGGUAAUCCUGUUAACCAUAAUAGCUCCAGUACCAUUGAAGCUUUUAUCAAUUUCAAGGAUGCAUCUUAUUCUGGAGGAGGAAAUAUUACUGCUAAAGGAAGUCUAAUGGAUAACUCUUUUUUCUCUGCAAAGCUCUUCCAUGGACAACUUCUAUUGGAUGAUCAACCCGUGUACAUAUCAUAUUCUGUAAAAGUAGAUGAAAAUUCUCUCUUUGGAUUACAUCUUGAAUUGUUAUCAGAAACCAACGGAAGGACGUGUGCCCUUAUCGCAAGUGAUUCUGAAUCUUUCACCAAUGCAGGCCUAGAGUACAAUAUAAUCAUCAAGCCCCAAAUAAAAAGUAAGGUGGAGGAUGCAUUGGCUUACCCACCUUGGUUUAUACAUGAAGCUGUCUUGACACUGGGUGACUAUACAUUAGCUGGCAUUUAUAUGGUAUGUACCUUGAAAAGUCGUGGCCUGAUUACCAUACAAAACAACAAAAGUUCAUCUCAAGAAGGUACCUUACCAGAAACCUCUGGAUCUUCACUCUACUAUGCAUCACUAGGUCACAUCAGCAUUCGAAACAAAGAGGAUGGCACGGAAUAUCCACCAGCAGAUUUAUGGGUCACUCGAGCUCAGAAUAUUCUGUGCAUCUCAGAUUCUCUUGGAAACAAAAUGCUCAACCUGAAACUAACUUGGAAGCUCAAUGAAGGAUCCACGACAUCAUUUCAGAGAUAUAACAUCUACGCUCAAAGUGGCUCAGGCCUGCAGUACCUGGGUCUUUCUAGAGCUGAAGCAUUUUACGUUUCAGAUCUUAGUGUUUAUAUUGGAGUCACAACCCUCAGGUUUAUCAUUCAAGUACGUGGCCUUGAUGGAACAUGCCAAAAGCUUGCUGAAUCUCCUUAUCUGGAUUUGACUCUUGAAGAUUAAAUCAUAUCGGGGCUUGCUCAGCAUUAUAGUUGCCACUUUGGUAUUGACUGGCAACAGAGUGGUGUAUCUUAAUCAAUGUGAAAUAUCAAUUCCUUUGCGCAGUUAGAUGUGUCUUGGUAUGUUUCUGAAUUUUAUACGAGCCAUGUUGAAUAGUAUGACACAACACAGUUCACCUCGUCUAUUUAAUUAAAUGAUUAUACCGAAUUAAUUUGUUACCAAUUUUUUUAAAAAAGGGAUAGUCCGAUGUACAAAGU